GAGGGUGGUGUGGAGCAGGAGGUGAUGUCAGUAGGACGGAAUGCAGAGAUCUGACAUCAGCCUGGAAGUGUCUGAAAACUAAAGCCCCGUUCAGCCAAAUAAGGAGCAGGAGCAGACCAGCUCAGCAGGAACAGUAAUUGUUGGCAUCGCUCCCACGCCAUGGCUGGCUUCAGGCAAGAGGAUGUGGAGCUGUAUUAUGAGAUGGGAGAGGAGCUGGGCAGCGGACAGUUUGCCAUCGUUCGCAAGUGUAAGGAGAAGAGCUCGUCAGUGGAGUACGCAGCCAAGUUCAUCAAGAAGCGUCGGCUGUCGUCCAGCCGGCGGGGCGUCAGCCGCGAGGAGAUCGAGCGCGAGGUGAACAUCCUGCGGGAGAUCCAGCACAGCAACAUCAUCACCCUGCACGACAUCUUCGAGAACAAGACCGACGUGAUCCUGAUCCUGGAGCUGGUGUCCGGGGGGGAGCUCUUCGACUUCCUGGCCGAGAAGGAGUCCCUGACCGAGGAGGAGGCCACGCAGUUCCUCAAGCAGAUCCUGGACGGCGUCCACUACCUGCACUCCAAGCGCAUCGCUCACUUCGACCUCAAGCCUGAAAACAUCAUGCUGCUCGACAAGAACGUUCCCAACCCGCGCAUCAAGCUGAUCGAUUUUGGAAUCGCUCAUCAGAUCAAAGCAGGGAACGAGUUCAAGAACAUCUUUGGAACUCCAGAGUUUGUGGCUCCAGAAAUAGUCAACUACGAGCCGCUCGGACUGGAGGCUGACAUGUGGAGCAUCGGAGUGAUCACGUACAUCCUAUUGAGCGGGGCGUCGCCGUUUCUGGGCGAGACCAAACAGGAGACUCUGACCAACAUCUCCGCCGUCAACUACGACUUCGACGAGGAGUAUUUCAGCAACACCAGCGAGCUGGCCAAGGACUUCAUCCGCCGUCUGCUGGUCAAAGAUCCAAAGAAGAGAAUGACCAUCGAUGAGAGUCUGCAGCAUCCCUGGAUUAAGGUUAUCAAGAGGCGCAACGUCCGCCAGGAAGAAAGAGACCACAAGACGGAGCGCCGGCGCCUGAAGACCACGCGGCUGAAGGAGUACACCAUCAAAUCCCACUCCAGCAUGCCGCCCAACAACACCUACGUCAACUUCGAGCGGUUCUCUCAGGUGCUGGAGGAGAUCGCGGCGGCCGAGGAGGGCCUGAAGGACCUGGAGCGCAACCAGCGCUCGUGCCGGGACGACGUGGCGGCGCUGCUGUCCAUCUACGAGGAGAAGGAGGGCUGGUACAAGGAGGAGAACCAGAGCAUCUCCGGCGACCUGAGCCACGUCCGCCAGGAGCUGCAGCGCUCGCAGCUCCAGCGCAAGAAGUGCCAGGAGGACGCCCGCGCCACCAUGCAGGCCGCCAACAUCCUCAAGCGCAAGUUCGGCCGGCUGGAGAACCGCUACGAGGCGCUGGCCGAGCAGGUGGCGUCCGAGGUGCGCUGGGUGGAGGAGCUGGUCAAGUCCAUGUCGGCGGAGAAGGACGCGCUGGGCUCCGGGAGCACGCCGUGAGCCGCCGCCGCCAUCAGCUACCCGCCGCCGCUCCUCCUCCACAGACUGUCCACCGAUCGAGAGAACGAGCCAGAGACCAAGAGGCGACACGCCGAAGCCAUUCCACCAGCAAGACCAUCAUUCCUCUUUUUAUACAUUAAGUUAUGAUUUUAUCCUGUUUAUGUUUUGUGUUACUCUGAUUUCCUUCCAGGCGGAAACGCACCGUUACGUUUUCUUUGUCAGUUUGGGACGCCGUCGUUUUUCAUCUCCCCCUCCUUUUAAAAGCUGCUUCAGGCCUCGGCGCUGCAGACGGCACCGGAUGGGUCCGGGAGGCGUUUAUUUAUGCGGUUACACGCAUUUUUAGUUUUUUAAAAAAGUGUACGUGAGGAAAAUGCUUUAUUUUACCGAACAUUCAGUGAAGAGCAGAGUCCUCUGGGUUUUAAGUUCAGCAGGUGAAACGGAGAAAGUUAUAAACACUCUCAAGUAUUUAUCUUUAUUUUAGAAAUUGAGGAGUUGAAUGUCACAGUCGCUUCUCUGUUUUCUCAUUUGUACCAAACGUUGUUUUUUUCGAUGACUGAUUGUAGCGAAGCUUCGCCCCGGAUAGUUCUGAAACGUAUAAAUCUUCAUAGUGCCUGUAAACGGGACGGAGCUCGCUGCCCCUCGUCCCACGGCCCCGCCCAACCAAAUAGCGUGCAUGAACUCCUCCCGCAAGCGCCGCAUCCAGCCAGCAUUCCCCGUCUGAAAACAGAACGCUCACUGCGUAGAGAGACCCUAGUAUUUUUAUGUCGACAAAACCUACUUAUUUGCACUUGAACGAGGAUAGCAGUGUUCCAAAAAUACCUAUUUUAAAUCGCCUCUUGAUGUAAGAGAGAGCUGUACAAGUUUAAUGUCCCGGCUUGUUUC